GCAAAGAUCAAUCAAACCUGCUUGACGUGCAACAUGCGACCGACAUGUUCCUCAAGUGCCAUGAAUCAAGGAGAACGUCGACACUUUCCAACUUGUUAGGCAAGGGGGGAGCCGCAGCCGCCUCCUCCUCCUUGCUAAAAACUUUCUUUCGGGAGGUCAAAGUUCUUCUCUUCCCCUUCCUUUCAUCCGCAGAAGAUGAUCCCGUCGCGACCUUCCACGUGCGGAGGUUGGACCAGGAGCUCUACAGGAUGAGCAUGAAGAUGGAGGGGCAAGGGAAGGGCGGCGAGCAGGGGAGGAGAAAGCAGCUCUUCUCCGAGCGAACCUGGUGUUCCCUCUUCAACCAUGUCGUCCCCUCCUGGCGCGACAAUGGCAAGGACAUCUCGCGUCUGCGGGAGGUGGCGGCGAGUCUGGAGGAGGAGGAGGAGGGAAAGAAGAGGAGCAGAGCUCAAGUUCUCAAGGCCCUCUUCGACUGGGCCAACAUGACCGGGGACGAGAGGACACUCAACCCUGUCCCCUCCUCCUCCUCCUCCUCCUCCACCACCACCACCACCACCACCUCCUCCUCCUCCUCCUCCUCCAAGUUCCCGCAGAGGGUCAUGCACUUGCUGUGGCCAAUGGCAGUGGAGACGACGAUCCGAGGCUUCUCCUUGUUGUACAGGGAGGAGGAGGUGGAGGACAAGGAAUUCGAGGAGGACGUCAACGCUGUGCUCAACUACAUCGGGGGAGCACUGCCCUCCUCCGCUCCCGACCGCUUCCUCCAUGCUCGCUACGAGAAGGAGGCACUGAACGCCUGCUGUAAACUCCGCAAGGAGUACGAGUGGGCACCGCUCGGGCACACGCGCCCAGCCCUCAAGGAGAGGAGCGAGGAAGCAACAGAUCCAUACAGGAUGGCAGUGAGGAGGAGAAUCGGGAACAUGUCGCUCGCUACUCAGUCUCAGACCUACUUCGAGAACGAAAACCUCUCCUCAUCAUCAUCAUCAUCCUCCUCCUCCUCCUCCUCCUCAUCCGCAGCCUCUUCCUCUGCUCUCUGCAUCGUGUCUGCGACCAACAGAGGGCUGGGUCGCUGCGAGCUGCUGGUGGAUCGCCCGCACGGGUUUCAAGUUGGUUUCCUCCUCUCCGUCGACAUCCGCUCGCUCGGCCCGGACCAUCCGAUGAAGUCGCAGGUGCAGCGAGUGCUGGAGGUCACGGGAGUAGACAAGUUCGUGGUGGGGAGCAACGUGCCUAAAAAGAUCGACGGGGAGAGGAUCGGAGGUAUGCUCUACGGCAGGAGCAGGGUCCAGCGCGUCAACGGCAGCUUCCUUACCGACGUCGAUUGGACUACCGUCGUCUCCUCUUUUCGCAACCAAGCGAAGGAGAGCGCGCGAGGGAGGAAGGAGAGCCCGACAUGGCAGGAGCUUCUCAGUCGCGCCAGGGAGGAGCAGCAGCAGAUGCUCGCGCGCUGCUCGUUGAUGUUCCUCGGAGACAAGCGAGCUCAAGAGAACCGCGAGAGCUCCUUAGGACGCGUGAUGGGACUUUCUGCCAAGUCAUCAACCAUCUGAUGAAUAUCUUACAAUGUACUUGUCAUGUUCCAAUUAGCAAGAAAUUAUUCAGAUACACCCCC